AUCAACUGCAGUUCAAUUCUGCAAUUAACAAAAUCAGAAUUCGACAUAAUUGCUGAGUCUAAUAUGAAGGAAAAACUAGAAGCAGAAAGCCCAAUUCCAACCAAACAGCGCCGUACUUUGGUAGGUACCGGUGAAUCCAACAUUAAGGAAAAAACCAAAAUAAACAGGUGUAAGCAUUAUUUUCUUUGGCUCACAGCUUCACAUACAAGAGAGAGAGAGAGGGAGAGGGAGAGAGAGAGAGAGAGAGCAGACAGUGCCUUUCAUGGUGUUUGUUUAUUCCGUACCUACUAACUGAUGCAGCAGAAGAACCUUCAUUCUAUUUGCCACUGAAUUUGAUUUCUCUCUCCUCUUUUUUUCUCGUCAAAUGGCAGAUGCUAUUCGGUUAUCUUUCCAUUCAAUUCGCUUCUCUUCUUUCUUGUUAACUUCCUUUUCCUCGUCCUUAAGCUCUCUCCCGCCGUUUCUUCCCCCCAAUAAAAAAUCGAACAAUCAGAGGUUUUGUUCUGUUUCUGCUGGGCUUAUCGUCAGACCCACCCAGCGAUUGGCUCCUUUCAAGGUAAAUGCAGCAAUUGCUGAGACUGACCAGCCAAAAUGGUGGGAGAAAAAUGCAGGCCCAAACAUGAUUGACAUUCAUUCUACGCAAGAAUUUUUGAGUGCCUUAAGUCAAGCUGGAGAAAAUUUAGUUAUUGUUGAGUUUUAUGGAACUUGGUGUGCUUCUUGCCGGGCAUUGUUUCCCAAGCUUUGCAGGACUGCUGAGGAGCACCCUGAAAUCUUGUUUCUAAAAGUCAAUUUUGACGAGAACAAGCCAAUGUGUAAAAAUUUGAACGUAAAAGUUCUUCCUUAUUUCCAUUUCUAUCGUGGAGCUGAUGGACAGCUGGAAUCAUUUUCUUGUUCACUUGCUAAGUUUCAGAAAAUAAAGGAUGCCAUUGUAAUGCACAACACAGCUCGUUGUAGUAUAGGCCCUCCAAAGGGGGUAGGGGACAUAAACCUCGAAACCUCAUCUGCUGUAAAGGAGAAGCCUGCAGAAUCUACAUCAGCAUAGGCAUAGAAUUCCAUCUUUCCAAGCAAUCUGUCUAUUGAAAUUGCAGCCCAGUGUGGGUUUAUUGAAAUUUCAGUUUGUAUAAUUUGCAUUUUUUUGUGUAAAAGAAUACUGGGUUGAAGAAACUGUUGGUAUUCUGCUUCAUUCUUUGUAAUUCUUGUUCUGGUUGUAUUGUAGUAUUCUACUUCAGAACUUGGUGUGAAUGAAAUUCUAGGUAGUCUCUUUUUUUUUU